UACCGCCUGCACACCGUUUCCCACUGCGACUGCGAUGCCAGGUUCCGGCAGUGCCUGCUGGCCCUCAAUGACACCAUCUCCAACAUCAUCGGUGUCACCUUCUUCAACCUGCUGGAGGUGCCGUGCUUCGUGCUGGAGGAGAGCAGGGAGUGUGUCCAGUGGCACUGGUGGGGAGGGGGCAAGGCUGAACCCACAACCAGGCACUCAGCAGCACGGUGGGGACUGGAGCCUGGCCACCAAACAGCAAUGACUGUGUUGGAACAGGACCUCGCUGGAGGAAGGCUGGUGCCGGGAGGACCACAGCCAGGGCCGGGGGGGUUAGCAGGCCCUGCCUGCAUGGCCCACCCUCAGGAUGGCAGCGUCAGAUCUAGCCCGGCCACAGUACAGUGCAGAGCCACCCCAGUGCCUGCCGCAGAGGGGCGGAGGCAGCAGGGCAGGGUGUGCAGGUGCUACAAGCACCUGGAUAAGUGCGAGCACCAGAUCGCACCCCACGAGGUGAAGUACCAGCUGCACAAUGCGGACACCCGGAUGCUCUUCCACUGCAACUGCACUCACAGGCUGGCACGGUUCCUGCGCAGGGCGAGGGACCUCAGCGAUGUGGAGGUGGCUGUCCUGGCUCACUGCAUUGCCAUGGACUGCUUUGUUCUGGAGCCACCCACUGACUGCAGCCCAGGCAAGGGGUCACAGCACAAUUGUAUUACAGCAACUCGGGCUGUAUUGGAACCUGCACAGCACCUCAGAAAGACCCUGAGGCGCUGGGAUCCUCUGCAUGUGACCUCCAAGGCCAGGUGUCCAGACUGGAAGGUACAGGACAGUGGUGGCACCCUCUAUAUGCAAUGCCUGCAGCUGGCCUUGGAGCAGAAGCCAGGUGCUUGGCACCACAUGGUGCCCCAGUGAUGCCUGAGAAGCCCUGCCUUGUGUGGAGAGGAAGAUGUUGCUGUGCAGCAGCCACAGAGUGGGUGGAGCUGCUUGAUUUCUGGUGCUUGAGACAAAGGAUGGCACUGAGCAUGUCUGCAUGGAGCUGGGGGGCCACAGCUGCAGUGGGGGACAGGCAGAGGGACUAAGAAGCCUCUCAAGGAGCUGUGGCUACAGCGGGGGUUAGCUGUAGCUGCCAUCUGUGAGCAUCAAAGCAAGAAAGGAAGAGGAGGGCUUGGGAAAAGCACGACCUAACAUCUUUGUGCCCUGGGGCAGGGGUAAUGCUCUGGGCACUGGAUCCCCCAGGCAGGGAGAUGGCAUGGCCCCCAACCCCUGGAUUUGUGCUACUUCAGCUGGGGGGCCUGAGCAGUGUGGUGUGGUCCUGACCCCUGUGUCCA